GUUGUCUCUCAGGCAUGGACAACCUACGAGAGACCUUCCUCAGCUUGGAAGCUGGCUCGGGCUCCUCCGAUAGCCCUGGCCUGCUAUCCUCCUGGGACUGGAAAGCCGGGCCUGGUCCCUUUGAGCUGAACCAGGCCUCUCCUGCUCACAGCCUGUCGCCCGCCCCGUCGCUGGAGUCCUAUUCUUCCUCCCCCUGUGCUGGGGUGACGAGCCUGUCCUGUGGGCACGGAGCUACCGGCACUGUAGGCAGCAACGAUGUCUGCAGUGACCAAGGGCCGGGUGACCUGGUGGAGGUGGACUAUAAUAUGUUGGCUUUCCAGCCUGCCUAUCUGCAGGGCCCUGGGGCCCCCAAGGCCCAGAAGGGCACCAAAGUCAGGAUGUCUGUCCAGCGGAGACGGAAGGCCAGUGAGAGGGAGAAGCUCCGGAUGAGGACCUUGGCGGAUGCCCUGCACACCCUCAGGAAUUACCUGCCGCCAGUCUACAGCCAGAGGGGCCAGCCACUCACCAAAAUCCAGACACUCAAGUACACCAUCAAAUACAUCCGGGAGCUCACAGACCUGCUCAACAGUGGCAGAGAGCCCAGGGCCCAGAGCAGCUGAACCCCAGGAGCUGCACCCCCACAGGAGAGCUCUGCCCAACUCCCAGGACAGCACCUGGACCCCAGGGCUGCACCCCUGCAGGAGAGCUCUGCCCAACUCCCAGGACAGCACCUGGACACCAGAAGUUGCACCCCUGCAGGAGAGCUCUGCCCAACUCCCAGGACAGCACCUGGACCC